CCGAUAUUAAAGGGGGCGAUAGGGUGUCACUGUAAUAGCGGUCAACUGCAAGCCCCGGAAUACAUGAAUAAAUUAUCCUUGCCAACACCCAUUAAUAGUAAUUCUUAGGCCACCCAGUUGACCUACAGGGACACGCUACUCUACAGGGAAAGAUGAUAUGCGCAUAGCCUUUCUCAACAACGACUUUGGCUCUUACCAUAUGGUACUGGUAGUAAACAUUCCUUAAAGAGACGUAGUUCAUUCUCAUCAGUCUCGUCAUUAUCGUCCUCGCUAUGACCGUAUUCUUCUGAUAAAGAGCAAAUGACUACUCAAACUUCGUCAGUCGCCUCAACAGCGGUCUCACUCAUUCCUCCGCCGACCGAGAUUGAUAACGCGCAUAAGGUCUACUCAGUCGCCAUCGCUUGCAUUAUCCUGGGGAUCAUUGGCAGCGUCACGGUAAUCGCACGAUUAGCACAACGGGGACAUGCACGAGCCUUUGGAGCUGACGACUAUGCUAUUAUUCCGGGCUUGUUAUUCUAUAUCGGCUGGACAGCCAUGGCUGCAUAUGUGAAUCUGAACGCAGGAGUAGGAAAACCACUAUGGGAAAUUACGCUCGGAGAAUACUCGGUGUGGUACAAGGGAAUUGUUGGCUCCUCCUUGAUCUAUCCCGCCAUGACGACUAGCAUCCGCAUCUCGGUCCUCUUUCUCUACUAUCGCACAUUCGCCGUCCAAAUGCCGAAUAUGCGAAUCAUCCUCUGGGUCCUCAUUAUCCUGCAGGGCAUCUACUUGGUCGUCUUCUCCAUUAUGCCAGGUUUUAUCUGCCACCCACUCGACAGAGCAUGGACCAGCAUUACCGAGCGCCAUGUCUACUGCAAUGAUUGGUACUACUACUACCUGAGUGUGGCGCUGUACAGCUGCAGUAUGGCCUUUGAUGGCAUUCUGCUCUUCAUUCCUCUCUACCCGAUCUCGACGUUGCAUUUACCGUUGCGGAAACGGAUAGGGAUUGCAGUUAUUUUCAUGAUGGGUGCUGGUGCUAGUGUAGCUGCAGCCUACAAACUGGCCAUAUUUGUUCUACAAAUGAAGCGAAUUGACGAGAUCAAUCCAUUAUGGCUCCAAUACGAAAUGAGCCGCAUCACACCCCCCCAAUUCGACGAUUACGGCAGAACGUUUUGGAUCCCCUCACAGGUCGAACCCUGUGUCGCUCUAAUCGGGACCUCGAUCCCUGCCCUACGCCAUUUAUUCGUGGAGCGGAAGCAGCAGUUGUCUGCCUAUUACUCUAAGAAUAGUAAGCAGAGGUCUUCUGCGUCCCGGUCCGGUGGUUUCCGGAGUGAGCAUAAUCGGCAUUCGACAAGCCAGCUGGUAAACGGGCUUGAGGAUGGGGAGGACCUUUUGCGGAGGGAAUAUCUUGAGUUACGGGAUCGAGGGGAGAGUAGAUAGCCUAUUCAGACUGAACAUAGAGUAGGAAGUAUGUAUUUGUGCAAAUCUCCGUCUUUACGAGAUUUUAACACGAGGAUCCUCACCCAAGUAUCGCGCUAGGUACGCAUUUACGGCGUGCAUAUUACGGAGUGGAAGUACAUAAAUGGCAGUGCUCCGUGUAAGACUUCAGGACCAAUCGGUGCAAGGGAAACAAGUAGAAGUAAACCCCG